AUUAAUUCCUAAACAAGAAAAUGACGAAUUUUAUAGAGAAGCAUUUAUGGCUACAAUUAAUGGAGAAACAAGUUUUUCAGAACAUCAUGAAGAUAGUAUUAAUGAAGAAAUCGAAUGGUAUUCAUCAAGAGAUAAAGUUUUGUAUUUUGAAGCGGCUAAAGACAAAACACAUUCAGGAAAAUUAGAUCAAAAAUGGAAAGGACCGUACUAUAUUCAUCAAUUGUUAUUAAAUGGAUCAUAUAAGAUAAGAGAACUAGAUGGUCGUGUACUUCGAACCCCAGUAAAUGGAGAUCUUUUAAAA